AUGGCGCAUCGAAAACUUGCAAAAUUUUUUUCUAAAGGAUCAAUACCUUCGAAUAAAAAAGAAGAACAUGUUAUACCACAAACUAUGGAUCAAACUGAAGCAUUAAUUGAUUUAUAUUCAACAUAUGUUCAUCCAAUAAAAUCUUCAUAUCAAACAAAUUCGAAAAAACUUCAUCAGAAAAAAAAUUCCAUAUCAGUUUUAAAACAGCGUGAAACUGGUCAAAUAAAUUUUCAUCGUUAUCCAAAUGCACGAUAUAAUUUGAUGGAUAGAUUAUUGCCAAAUGAAGGUGAAGUUAUUGCUUCAA